UGAACAUUCAGAGCCUGUGCUGGAACAUGCAUGGCGUUCUCAUGGCAUCUGCGAGCGGUUUAGUAAAUCUUUGUAUAAAGAUACCAGCGCCACUUAUCAGAUAGCCUUUUACGAAAUCAUCCCCCCAUAACAAACUCCUUGUGGCAUUUGGAAAACAGGAAGAUUCCACAAUGACGAGCUUCGGCGCAGGGAUCGAGAUUUAUGGAUUUCGGGGAACGAGAGUCUAGUUUUAAGACGUAGUUCAAUUACAGUUAGUCUCUCAUUGUGAACCACUCAGCUGCUUACAAGAAUUUGACCUGCCAUCAGAUUUUAGGUGUCGUGUGCUUUUUUCAGGAGUGGUCCCCCGAGAACUGGACGAUGUUAUUGCUAACACCCACAACGUGCGACUUUGAUAUGGAAAUAUACAGAGAUGGUAGCCGAGCUGUCGACCUUGAGUUUUUAGUUGCCUUUUCAAGGAUUAUAGACCUAGGCACAAGAAAAGUCAUUCAACAAUGGAAUAUUCUGGAAAUCAUUUUGAAAUGCUACUUAGCGGAAGAGAUGCUUUGCUACAGCCAGAGGUACAUGAUCUCUUGCUUGUAGACGAUUCAAAGUAUACCAAGUCAAAGCACUACUUUUGGGCCAUCAACAUACUGAGAGAAAUUGAUUCUGAUAUCGCGGCAGUCAUUAGUCAGCUUCGUGGGUUUAUGGAUUUCUCGGAAACCUCGCUGUUGCACAGGUACUACCCAUUGCCAAAUGGCGAGAUGAGUGAAGAUCGAGAGAAGAUAGUAGUGCGAACUCUAACAAUCCUCCUUGAGGAUCUCCUUAACCUUCAGGCCCGUUUCAAAGGGCAGCGGGAAAUCGCCAUUGCGCUAAGAGACGGUGUAUGUCAAUGCCCAACAUUGUUCAUACGUGCUAACUCUUGUCAUCAGAUGUUCAACGCCAGCGCAGUCAUGGAAACGAGAGCAUCAACUCGCCUAGGAGAAAACAUAAAUCUGCUUACUUUCGUGAGACUUUUUUAUCUGCCAUUGUCUUUCACCAUGGUACGCACUACAUCAAACCUGCAGCACUCAACCCACUAAUAAACUACCAAAUAGUCACUUUGGAGCAUCAACAAUAGUGCACUUGCACACGUCGACAUCGUGACAGGCGUUACAAUAAUCCUCGCAGUAAUCACAUAUAUCAUCGUCUUCAAUCUCAACAACAUCGUCUUCCUUAUCAAAAAGACAAUCAAAAAUUCAAAGCUCGUAGUAUUAAGCAUAUGAAGGCCAAUGGCGAUGAAAAAUGGAAGCGAAGAGGCGAUGAUUUGACGGAAACCGUUUUUGCGAAUGAACAGAACGGCAUGCCAUCCAGCUGGUACGUUGUCCAGUAUGUAUGUAUACUGGUCUGGAAAUGGUUUACUGCAAUUGUGACUCGAUCGUGGCAAGGUGUGAAGCAAAUAUACGAGCGACUGGUCAAUAAGAAGGCGGAACAGACGCAACAGCGUGUUUGCAUUGUGUGAUAGAUUUUGUUGCCGCUAUGCUAUGGUUUACGGCUUCCCUUUGGUCUUCUUUCUUUCGUUUGGUACCGACUGGUUGCGUGGAAUAUUUUGGGGGGGAUAUAAUAGUCAGUUCUCGUGGACGACCGGCUAGUUCCUACUCGGGGAAAGCGAAUGUCUCG